UCCCUUUAAACAUGGACAAGAUUCUUCAUUAUGUUAUUUCACAUUAUUUCAUAUAAGAAAACGGUUAAAUGGCUGCAGCCCAGAUAAAACUAUCCAGACUCUCUUCACCGUUGGUUUAAUAUUAACUUGGACUUUUGGAGCCGUUGCGACAGAAAACCUGCAUGUUGCAGAAGGUCAUUUUAAAAAUCAACCUUGGACAAAAUAAAAGAAGAAAAAAUGAAGAUUUCUGUUUUCACCAUUGAUGCUUUUACAGAUGAACCAUUCCGUGGCAAUCCUGCAGCUGUUUGUCUUCUUGAAGAUGAACUGGAAGAAGGUUGGCAUCAAAAAAUCGCAACAGAAAUGAACCUCUCAGAAACUGCAUUCAUCAGAAAACUGCAUCCAAACGAUGACUUUACCAAAAGUUCUCGUUUUGGAUUAAGAUGGUUUACCCCAACAAAUGAGGUCCCUCUGUGUGGUCAUGCUACCCUGGCAUCAGCUGCAGUGUUAUUUCGUAACAAGAAAAACACGAAUUCCUCCCUCACUUUUGUAACUCUGAGUGGAGAAUUAUUUGCCAGACAGGCAAAAGAUCACAUUAUCCUGGACUUCCCCCUUUACGUGGCCUACCCACAGGAUUUUCAGGAAGAGGAAGAAUUAGUAAAGGCAGCUGUAGGUAAUAGGAAUGUUCAAGAUGUUCGCUAUUCUCCUGACACCAAGAAGUUCCUUGUUCGUCUCAGUGAUACUUAUGAAAGACCUGAUUUGGAGAAACUAAAAGUGGAUGCCCAAGAGCUUUUGCGGACUGAGAAGACUGGAAAAGUGAAAGGAUUGAUAGUCACACUUAAAGGGAAAGCAUCUGCGAAUCACUAUGACUUUUACUCCCGCUACUUUGCACCCUGGGUUGGAGUUUCAGAAGAUCCGGUCACAGGAUCUGCUCAUGCUGUUUUAAGUAGUUACUGGUCACAACAACUGGGGAAGAAAGAAAUGUGUGCCUUCCAAUGCUCUUCUCGUGGAGGAGAGUUGAAGAUUUUUGUUCGAGGUGAUGGAAGAGUAGACAUUAAGGGACAAGCAGUACUUGUGCUAGAAGGUUCUCUGACUAUUUGAAGAAAACCAACUUUCCGUUAGUUCUGAUCGUGCAGAUGUACAGUUUGCAGAGAGGAAUACACCUACUUAAUUUGUAAUGGAAAAUACAAAGCUCAUGGAAACUUCCCUGUUAUAUAAGCAUUUAUUUACGUUUAUAGCCAAUCCCAUUGCCCUGAUCUUCCAAAGAAGCUUCCUGGCUACAGUAGCAAUGAUAUAAUGCCUUUUUUUUUUUGCUGAGUUUGCAAGCUGAUCUAGAAGACAUAAACUGUUGCUUGGAUCAGGCUUUAUCUGUGACAGUUAGUUGAAACAAUUGCAGAAACAGACUUGAUUAAUUGUGAUUGAUCUUAUCUCGGUAUAUCAUCUGAUCUCAUAUGUACUUGCUGAUUGGCUGUUUGCACCUGUGUUGCUUAUCUCUUUUUUUAAAGAGCAACCAAUCUGAUAGCUAGCAAUAACCACAUGAUGGGGAGAAGUCAAACUUACAAAAAUAUUUUCUAAAAACAUGCAGUCCUAUGACAAGCAAAUCCUUUCUGGCUAGAAGUCUCAGAAAGAGAAAUUAAGAAGAGAUGAGAUUUUGGGUAACGGACUUUCUAAGCAAUUUUUAAAAGCAAUGUGAGACAAAAACUGAAACCUGAUUGUUUUAAAACUAUCAUCAGUUAUAACAUGAUUUUGCAAUGUCAGGAACACUGAGAAUUGUAGCAACAAUAUUUGUGUGAUUAAUUGUUUUGUGCCUUUAUUUUUUCUG